UACUGUACAGCGCCAAGUGAGACCUUCCUCUGUACUGUUUCCUAAUCCUACGGAUCAAUUCCUUUUUUCAUCAGAGCUAUUCAGAAAACUGCAGCUAUGGCUAUGCGAAUGCAUCACUCAUGGUCAUCGGAUAUAAAGCUGAUCGCAGAGGUGGAGAAACAUCCAUGUCUCUAUGACAGAAACGAAGAGCACUUCACUAAUAAUGACUUGAGAAAGGACAUUUGGAAAGAAAUUGCUGAUACGGUAGGAAUAACAGAUAUUGCCGCAAAGCAAAGAUAUCGUCAUAUUCGAGAUUCCUUCUUGAAGCGCUUGAGGAAAUCACAUGGAAAUGGUGGGAGGCCCCUGAAAUCACACCGGUUUGCAAACUACCUGAAGUUUUUGCUUCCUCACAUCAAUAUAUCCAAGCCACCUUUAAAUAAAGAUGAGGGCGACCAUCAUCUUCAGAUGUCCAUUAAGAGGAGAAGAUCUGAGCAGGAAGAAACUGAUGACUUAUUGUCUGCGGUGUCUGUGAUGGUGGAGAACGAAGGCCAACACCUCGCCCAAAACGACGACGAGAGGGAGGACGGAGAGGAAGUCGACGACUGCCGCAUUCCGUCGGUGUCACACUGUCACCCUCAGAUGGCCGACAGGAGGCGGAGAACUCAAGAUCACAAUGGCGAUCCAACGAUGGGAUAUUUCGCAAUGCAGGGCUCUGUCCCUCAAGAAGACGAACUGGACUCGUUCUUUAAGACCAUCAGUGCGACGGUGCGGAAACUGACCCCCGUCCUCCAGUCGCAGCUGCGAUUUCAAAUAAUGGAGAUGGUGUACAAAGCUGAACUGGGUCACCUUGAGAGUGAUCACCAUGAAUGAAAUAAGCUGGCAACUCAUUAUUCUCGUAAUGCGACUGAACGUUGUGGACCGCCUGUUGCAGAGUCCCGCUUCUCCGAUUGUAUAUAUAUUUUUGUAAUAAAAACAAGUAUUUUGGCAGAGGAUGGAAGAUAUAGUAUGUGAAAUACCUGUACAUCGAUCUGCCCAAAAACAUGAGGGCCCAGGUUUGGCUAAGAUUUGAAGGAUAGGAUGGAGCUCUGGAAGACUCUACAGCUGCUCCAGCUGGAUAAUGAUUUGCUUUUGUAUAAACACAGAUGUCCUCUGUAGAAAGUAAAGAAAAUCUCCAAACAGAUCAAAUUAACGAUAUAUUUAAUUUCACUGCCUCUGCCCUGUGCUAACAUAGGCAGUGGUUUUGGGGAGUUGCCCGUCUGUCCCAACCUACGCUUCUGUGAUUAAUACUUGUAGCCCGAGGUCAAAGGUUAUCAAUUGUUACGCAUCCA